GUGUUCUAGGCCCAAAGACAGAUAGCCAUAAGACAGUUGGGGGUCUAGUUUUGCAUAAAUACCCGGGGCAGAAGUCGAGCAAGUCAAAGAGUUUUGUUCAAACAAUUCGACAUGAAGGCCUUCUUUGCUCUGGUGGUUCUGGCCAUUGCCGCUCCUGCUCUGGCAGGUCGUACCUUGGAUCGGUGCUCCCUGGCCCGUGAAAUGUCCAACCUGGGCGUUCCCCGAGACCAGCUGGACAAGUGGACCUGCAUCGCCCAGCACGAGAGCGACUACCGCACCUGGGUGGUGGGACCGGCCAACUCCGACGGCUCCAACGACUACGGCAUCUUCCAGAUCAACGAUCUGUACUGGUGCCAGGCCGAUGGUCGCUUCUCCUACAACGAGUGCGGCACCAGCUGCAAUGCCCUCCUGAGCGACGACAUCACCAACUCCGUCCGCUGUGCCCAGAAGGUGCUCAGCCAGCAGGGAUGGUCCGCCUGGGCCGUCUGGCACUACUGCAGCGGAUGGCUGCCGUCCAUCGAUGAGUGCUUCUAA